AUGUCUCCUAUGAUGCCAUUGCCACCGGGGGGCGCCCCUGGUACCACAGCUGAUGCUGCGACGAUCGCUGCCUUCCAGCAGGGAUACAUAGCUGCGACUAUGGCCGCUGCCGCAGCUGCCCAACAACAAGGUGUAGCUUGGACUCCGCCUCCUCCGCCCCCUUCUAUCAACUUUCCGUCAUCGCAACCACAACAACAACCAAAGGACAGUCUGCUCCCCAUCCCUAGCGGCGGUAGUCCGGCUCAGUUCGCUGGAUACUAUCAUCAGCCUCAUGGGAUGUCAUUCCCGGCUGAAGGACCUACUGGUGUUCAACAGCAGCAACAGCAGCAGCAGUGGGGAGCCGCCCUACCCUCACCACAGAAGGGUGGUAGAGGAGGGGGAGGCCGUCACGGAAACGCUCAGGGUGUGGGGAGAGGCAGUAGGGGAGGAUCGGUCCAGAGUCAUCAUCAGCAAGGCUCGUCAUUCCCUCAAGCUGGAUGGGCUGAUCCACAGCUACCGUCACCACAGGGGACGCCGAGGCUACAACAACAUCAACAGCAACCACCGCUUGAUCUCCUUCGACAACAAGGGAGGCUCCUACAGCAGCAGCAGCAGCAGGCUCAAAGAUCAAGUCAAACUGGACUGGAUACAAUAUCGAGAGGCGAACCCGGUAGCAUGAAGAGCAGUGUGGCCGCUCAAGGUGGUUCGGAUAUCCAGAGUGCUUCCCUAGCUGAGGGAUCUACUGCUACACCCACUGUCGGGGGAUCGACACUUUAG